UGCGUAAUUUGGCGCAGCUGGACUCGCAGGUCUACCAGGAAUCUCCCUCCUCCCCACUCUGUCUGUGGAGCUCUCUCGCUGGUAAGGCCGGUGCUCUCGCCCAGGUGUGACAUUCCCGGAGUGCCUGACUGGAACCACAGCCGAGAGGAUGACGGACCCAUCCCCGCCAGACCCCACCGCCGUCCCGGACCCGGCUGCUGGUGCGGGCCCCACGGUGGUGAACGGCCAGUGCGAGCAGACGGACUCCCCACAGCAGCAGGAGAACAACACAGGAAGUCGGGGAGAGGGUUUCAAGAUGGACCAGGAGAUGAAGAUAACAGAAAGCAUAGAGGAUCAAGGUCUUCUGGAGAGCAGUAUGCGCCUGAAGCCUCACGAAGCCCAGAGUUACCGCAAGAAAGCUCUCUGGGUGUCCUGGGCGUCCAUCGUGGCCACCAUAAUCCUGGCCAUCGCCGCUUUCACUGUGUCCAUCAUGCGCCACAGCGCCUCUGCUUUCGGCUUUGCUUUCGACGCCAUGCUGGACGUGCUGUCCUCGGUCAUCGUGCUGUGGCGCUACAGCAACGCGGCAGCUGUGCAUUCAGCGCACCGCGAAUACAUAGCCUGUAUGAUCCUGGGCGUGAUCUUCAUCCUGUCCUCCGUGUGCAUCAUGGGAAAGGCCAUCCAUGACCUGGCCACCAAGCUGCUGCCUGAAGUGGACGACUUCCUGUUCAGCGUGUCCAUCGUCAGCGGCUUGGUGUGCGUCGUCCUGGCCGUGAUCAAGUUCAUGCUCGGCAAAGUGCUCACCAGCCGCGCUCUCAUCACCGACGGAUUCAACUCUAUGGUUGGAGGGAUCAUGGGCUUCUCCAUCCUCAUCAGUGCUGAAGUGUUCAAACAUGAGCCCAAGGUGUGGUACCUGGAUGGAACAAUAGGCGUCCUCAUGGGCCUCAUCAUCCUCGCCUACGGAGUCAAGCUGCUGCGGGACAUGAUCCCCCGGGUCAGGCAGACCAGGAACUACGAGCGCUUUGAGUGACGGCUCACAGAGGAAACCAAGGGGGCCGAGAGGACGGGGGACAGUAGAGACGCUCCUUACUGUCCAUCCACAGACGGUCCCACUCCGUCCCCGAGCUGAAGACGUCUCUGUCAGCCAAAGACUGAACUGCGGAUCUGAAGCGGAUGGGGAACGGUGAUGAUGGAUGAAAGCUUUGGGAACUUGAGUGUUUUACAGUUCAGUGUACAUACAGUUUAUCUAAGCCUGUCUGGUCACAGUGAGUGGGUGCUCCGCUUUUCCAUGCCUCCAUUUGUAGUUCUGAGUUUGGGCCGCAGUUUGUUAAAGGCUAAUGAGCCGAGAGAUUUUAGUUCAGCCAGCUGAUUUAGUGUGCCUCAGCUCCAGCUCAUCACGAUGUAACAGAUUAUUUGUCCCGUGGUUCCUGGAGGCCAUGGCUCAGUUGUGCUAUAAAACAUUGCAGUGCAUCAGCUCCAGGUGAUUGAUGUAGCAGCUCAGUAUUACCAGAGUUUUACUUUUUUAUGACCGCAGAGAAGCAAGUCAAUAUAAGGCCCAUUAGGCAAAGGAAGGAGGUCCGGCAUUUUAGUGGCUCCGUUCCAACUUUCCCAUGCCAGCUUCAUUUAUUUCAGUCGUGGCCUGCGCUGCACUCACUCUAACAGGGGAAACAUAGUUGGAAUGACCUUAUUUUUUUUAUUUGCCAUCCAAGAAAAGCAUUUGAUGUCAAAAUCCUGUAUUGUUCCAGACUCAAAUCUCCACAAUCCUCAUGUAGCCUUUUAUUGAAGUAUGACUCCAAUGAUUCUCCAUUAAUUUAUGGUAGAUGCUUCUGCAGAGGUCAGGUUAUGAUAUCGGAUGGACGGCCAAAUGUGGAUAUAGAGGAUGAAUGUAUGUGAGUCAGAUGGACAAAUGGACGGAGCAUUUAUGCAGUGAGUCAGGAAAUUAAUUCUGGAAAUGCUAAUAUUUUUUCCAUACUCUUAUCUCAGAAAAUACCUGAAACAGUCUGGUAGGACAUUCAGAACUUGCACCACCUACUGGACUAAAGAGGUUACUGCAUUUUUAUCUAACUACGUACUGUAUUUAAUACAUUUUAGCGUAAAGCAAGUAGAGAUGUAGACGUCUGAAGCUUAUUUAAAACUAAACCUUUCAGCAGAAAUCUGUCUUAAGAUACCAGUUUGCUACCUCCUGUGAUUAAAAAGUGGUUUCUUAUUGGAUUAUCCAGCAGGUUUGCUCUGUAACAUGAAGAGGGAGUGUUUCCUGUUCUGUUUUUAGUUGUUU